CUUGUCUUCCACCGCCACAAUCAACGUUAAUUGUUAUAUUAUCCAGAGACAAUAUAAAUCACAACUAGCUCGAUGGAUGCUGUAACUUUUAGGGAUGGCGCUUCAUAUAGUAUCGCGAGUUUAUCUCGUUGGCGAGAAUCAGGCUGCCACUUCCCGGGAACAGAAACGGUUCAAUUGAGCCAACUGUCGAGCCUGCGCAAAUAAAGUUAAGUUAAAUAUGUACUUGGUGUCAUAUUAACUAUACUUCAGCUCUUGCUUAACAUCGGUUAUCAGGUUAACUUAGUUUACGGUUCUAUUUAAAGCGCCCGUAAUGUGUGGACGCUAACGUUUGCUAGCCCGCUAGUUAGUCGACAUUAGCAGAACUCUCGGUAUUUAUCCAGAAAGAAAAAAUGGCUGCGGAGGAGAGGACAAGCUGGAUACUGACAUGUGCUACGGUCGCUUUUGUCGCCGCUCUGUAUGUGCCCUGUGUGCAGAGGACUGUCCCCGGUGGAGACUCAGGAGAGCUGAUCACCACUGCUUGUGAGCUGGGGGUGGCCCAUCCUCCAGGAUACCCUCUCUUCACCUUACUAGCUCGCCUGGCUAUGUGUCUUUUGCCUUCACUGUCUCCAGCCCACAGCGUCAACCUGAUGAGUAGUAUGCUGGGGUCUGCAGCCUGUGGUGCCCUCUGCAUUUCUGUUUGCAGGUUGACAGGUCCUGGUCCUGGAGCAGUACUGGCUGGAGGGCUGUUUGCUGUGUCCAGGCUGAGCUGGCAGUGGUCCAUGGUGGCAGAGGUCUUCACCCUCAACAACCUUUUUGUCGGUCUACUGUUCUUCUUGACUGCUAGCUUUCACUGUGCUGAAAACACCACCCAGAGGAGGAAGAUUGCACAUUUGGGAGCGCUCUGCUGUGGCUUGGGCCUCUGUAACCAGCACACCCUGGUGCUGUAUGUACUGGUCAUCAUUCCCUGGGUCCUUCACCGACUUUACUCUUGCAGGGAGCUGUCUUUGCGUGGCUUUGUGUCCCUAGGAGUGUGUUUCCUCGCUGGCUUUCUGCCGUACAUCUACCUGCCCAUCUCCUCCUACCUCAACACAGCCCGCUGGAGCUGGGGGGAUCAGACCACCCUGUCAGGCCUGCUGACCCACCUGCUGAGGGCUGAAUAUGGCACCUUCAAUCUGGCAAAGACAGAGAGCUCUGUAAAUUUGACCACAAUGCUAAAGGCCCAGUUGGACCACUGCCUGGCAGACCUUUCGCUUCCUGUUGUGGUGCUGGCAGGAAUAGGCCUCCUCCUAUCCUCAUGGGACAGGACGUGUCGCUCAGUGUCCUGGCUGUUGACCGCCAUGCUGGUGGUCUACUCAAUGUUUUUUGCUUGGAGAGCUAACCUGGAAAUCAGCAGACCCCUACUGCUUGGAGUGGUUGAGCGUUUCUGGCUCCAGAGUGAUGCUGCAGUGUGUGUUCUGGCAGGGCUCGGCUUGAGCCGGACACACACCGAGCUGGAGAGGAGGCUGGGUCGUGGGGGGGUGUGGAAGACCACAGGCUGGGUCUUCACCAUAGCUCUACUGGCACAUAUGGUACACACCAAUCACAGCGAGUGUGAUCAGAGCAGAAACAGUGUGGUAGAGAGGUUCGGCAGGGAGCUGCUGGCCUCUGUCCCAAGAGAUUCAAUCAUCCUGACCAGAGGAGAUCUGCCUGGAAACUCACUGCGCUACAUAUACUACUGCCAAGGUGUACGGCCCGAUGUACGUCUGGUGGACCAGGAGAUGAUGACAUACAUGUGGUAUGUGGCCAAGCUGGCGCAGCACCACCCUGGGGUCCACUUUCCCGGCCGCUGGUGGGACCCUGUCCACCCUGAGGAGAAAGACACCUUCAAUCUGGAGCAGUUUCUGUCCCACAACACACAUAGGGAUGUGUUCGCCUGCAUUGGGCUUCCUGACGGAGACCCAAGUUGGGAACGCAGUUUCUCUCGUUGGCCCCUGGGCGUGUGUGACUAUUUGGUGCCAGCUCAGACGCAGUUUCACCCUAAGGAAUGGGCCCUUCGAACUCGCAGCAUCUACAACUGGAGUGAGCCACACAACAGUUUCCAUCCUGCAUCCUGGGAGCAUGUCGCUAAUGAGGAGAUGUGGCAAGCCAGGAUGAAGACGGCUUUCUUUCUGUUUGACCUGGCAGAAAGGAUGCAGGGAGAGGGGAAAGCUCGCCUCUUUGAGCUGUCUUACACUCUGUAUAAGGAGAUUGUGGAGGCCUACUCAGACUACCCUCCAAACUGGGACAAGAACUUGGCACUGGCCUGCGAGAGGCUGCUCCGCUCAGGUCACCGGGGCUACAGUCCACACAGCCUGCUGACCUGCGGCAUCCAGCAUUUCAGUCUGUACUUAGAGAAGGAACCCACAGAUCCCCAGGAGCCCGCCAUACGCUCGGCCAUCACUCACCUGCUCAAAGAGAGAGAUGGGCUCCGGCAGAGCCGGAGGCAAACACCAUAAGAAGAUCUAGACAGACCUACAUGGAGCUAGGGCACAGAGUGUGCCGCGAGCCCAGUUGUAGUACAAGGCACCGAGGAUGAGGUCUGACUGAGAAAGAUAGAAUGAUGUAUUGGUAUUUAGUUAAGGUUUGGGCUAAAUUGACUUGGGAGUUAAGAGGAAUGCUGAUGCAGAAGUACCAUUGUGUAGUUAUCAAACAGAACUCAACAAAGGACAGAGACCUGCUACUCAGCCAUGCUUCAUUUGAUGAACGUUUACAGUUGACCAGAGACAGAGCUUGACUUCAGGAAGCCUUGACUGACCCCAAUCAAGCUGUGCGUGCUCCCCUGAAACUCAGCCAUUCGAUUGCUUUAUCGUUACAUCUUCUUCUCUCUUUUUUCUCUCCUCUUCGGCUCUCACAGUUUUUAACAUGCUGAUUAUUUUUCCUCAGCCACUGCUCUACUUCUCUUUUUCUCACAUUAGAACGGCAAGGUCGAGAUUGAGGGAAAACCAAUUUGGGGGCAGAAAUGGGGGAUUAGAGCAGCUGUUUAAUCUAGGACAGACUUGUGCAGUGCCACACAGUAGUCACUCCACAUAACCAGCACCACCCACCCCUCUAUGCACCCGUCUAUCCUUCCAUCAGUCUAUCUUAGAUGGUCCUUUAAAUGUUUAAAACUAAUGGAUUCAAUGAGUGUUUUUUUCCCCUCCCUAAUGGGAGGGCUGUAAUCCCUCAUGGAUUUAAAUGAAAUGUGAAAUGUCACAAUGCCAGGGACCCUUUUAGACGUGCAUUUCUGUGUGCAUGUGUGUUGAUUUGUGUUUGCAUGUUGACAUGCGUGUGGCUGAACAUGCUUAAAUCUUCGCCCAAGCCUUUUCCCUACCGGAAACCUCAUAUAAACAUAGUCCAUAAACAGAUUGGCACACUGGAAAGAGAGAGAAGCACAAAGUCAUACAAACUUCAGGGACACACGUAGACGCACAAGACCACCAGCUUCCCAGCUCCCAGUAAAAUGAACUUUUAGCCCUGUGAGGGUUGCUGGAGGGACUAUGUGCCAUGCAAACACUGCGCGUAGACCAGAGUAUCUUGUCUUUGAUGUGUUCUCAGGGUCCAAAACCGCAGUUACACACUGUUUUUGUAAAUGCUGGAGUUGAUGUUAAUGAACUUUGUGCCAUGAAAUUUGUCACGCAGGGGUCAAACCAGUGUAUUGCCAUAAGCUUUAUAAAACACUGCUGAAGGAGCCUGCUGUUUGAGAUACCACUAGAAAGCGGCGGACAGUGAGUGCAUGUGUAGUUUUCUCAGAAUGUAAUCUGCCCUCUCUGUUCCCAGGCCUGGUUAGCGGCUGUCAGCUGGCUGGAUGAUGAGAUUCGACCUGCUGUAGCACAGAUGGUUUAGUUUCUCAUAAAAAAAGGGAAAACUGUCACUCUGCUUUCUACAGAUUAAACUAUUUCAACAAA